AAAGGUCGCGGUGGGAGGCUCGCAGAGGCCGGCGGUUUCCCUUUCCCCUCCUUCCCUUCCCCCGUUUCCGGCGCUCCUGAGCCCCCAGGAAAGGACAUGGAGCGGGAGUGAAACCGCCGCGGGACCUCCCGACCCCUUCCCUCCCCCCUUUCCCCGCAGCGGAGGAGCCGCGGCCUGGCGGAGGCCGGCAAGCCAACGGAUUUCUUAUCCUGUCCAAGGCUCGCUUAGCAGUUGAUGCAGAAAAUAAAGAGGGCUCGGCUGGAAAACGAACGUUCAGGAAGUUGGAGAAGUUCCUUGACCAGUUCGGGAGGAAGGCCGAGGAUGACGGCGGUGGACGCUCUGCCGGAUAGUGCCGAGGGGGUGCAAAUGGAGGACACGUCGGCGUCUUGUUUCCAGGUGGAGAAGCAUUCGUGGGAAGGGCUGCGCGAUAUCAUUCACGGCAGCCGGAAGUACACGGGCAUGAUUGUGAACAAGGCGCCCCAUGACUUCCAGUUUGUCCGGAAAUCGGAAGAAUCGAGCCCUCACUCACAUCGGCUGUAUUAUCUAGGAAUGCCGUACGGAAGCAGGGAGAACUCCCUCCUCUAUUCCGAGAUUCCCAAAAAGGUACGGAAGGAAGCCCUGCUGUUGCUGUCGUGGAAACAGAUGCUGGAUCACUUCCAGGCGACCCCUCACCACGGAAUGUAUUCCAGGGAAGAGGAGCUCCUGAGGGAGCGCAAGCGGCUGGGCGUCUUCGGGAUCACCUCCUACGACUUCCACAGCGAGAGCGGCCUCUUCCUUUUCCAGGCCAGCAACAGCCUCUUCCACUGCCGGGACGGCGGAAAGAACGGAUUCAUGGUGUCCCCGAUGAAACCUCUGGAGAUCAAGACGCAGUGCUCAGGGCCCCGGAUGGACCCCAAGAUCUGUUCCGCCGACCCGUCUUUCUUCUCGUUCAUCAACAACAACGACUUGUGGGUGGCGAACAUCGAGACGGGGGAAGAGCGCCGACUGACCUUCUGCCAGAAAGGCUUAUCCAGCGUGCUGGAGGACCCCAGGUCGGCAGGGGUGGCCACUUUCGUCAUUCAGGAAGAGUUUGACCGGUUUACAGGGUACUGGUGGUGUCCCACGUCUUGCCAAGAAGGUCCCGAGGACUGGAAAACAUUCCGGAUCCUGUACGAGGAGGUGGACGAGUCGGAAGUAGAGGUCAUCCACGUCCCGUCUCCUGCGCUGGAAGAACGGAAGACGGACUCCUAUCGAUAUCCCAGAACAGGCAGCAAGAACCCCAAGAUCUCGUUAAAGCUGGCUGAAUUUCAGACCGACAGCCAAGGGAAGAUCGUGUACGCCCAGGACAAGGAGUUGGUGCACCCUUUUACGACGAUGUUCCCCAGGGUGGAGUACAUUGCGCGGGCUGGAUGGACCCGGGAUGGUAAAUAUGCUUGGGCCAUGUUCCUAGACAGACCCCAGCAGCAACUGCAACUCGUCCUUUUCCCUCCCGCCCUCUUCAUCCCGGUGCCGGAAAGCGAGGAGCAGCGGCAGGAAUUUGCCAAAGCCGUGCCCGAAAACGUCCACCCGUUCAUCAUCUACGAAGAAGUCACCGACGUGUGGAUCAACGUCCAUGACAUCUUCUACCCCUUCAGCCUGCCAGAGGGGGAAGAGGAGGAGCUGUGUUUUAUCCGAGCCAACGAAUGCAAGACGGGCUUUUGCCACCUGUACAGGGUCACAGCCCUCCUGAAGCGGAGCAGCUACGACUGGACCCGGCCGUACGUCCCCAGCAAAGGGGACUUCAGAUGCCCUCUCAAAGAGGAACUGGCCCUGACUAGCGGAGAAUGGGAAGUCCUAGCCCGGCAUGGAUACAAGAUUUGGGUGAACGAAGAAACCAAGCUUGUGUACUUCCAGGGCACGAAGGACACCCCACUGGAGCACCACCUCUACGUGGCCAGCUACGAGUCCCCUGGGGACGUGGUGCGGCUCACCACCCUGGGCUUCUCCCACAGCUGCUCCAUGAGCCAGAACUUCGACAUGUUCAUCAGCCACUACAGCAGCGUCAGCACCCCUCCCUGCGUCCACGUUUACAAGCUCAGCGGCCCCGACGAAGACCCCCUCCACAAGCAGCCCAAAUUUUGGGCCAGCAUGAUGGAGGCUGCUAGCUGUCCUGCUGAUUACAUCCCCCCGGAGAUCUUUCACUUCCGCACCCAGUCGGAUGUAGAGCUCUACGGAAUGGUGUACAAACCUCACGACCUCCAACCGGGGAAGAAACAUCCCACUGUACUCUUCGUCUACGGAGGGCCUCAGGUCCAGUUAGUGAAUAACUCCUUCAAAGGCAUCAAGUACCUGCGUCUCAACACGCUGGCCUCUCUCGGCUACGCCGUGGUGGUGAUCGACGGUCGGGGAUCAUGCCAGAGAGGCCUUAAGUUCGAGGGGGCUCUGAAGAACCAAAUGGGCCAGGUGGAAAUUGAGGACCAGGUGGAAGGUUUACAUUACGUAGCGGAGAAAUACGGGUUCGUUGACCUCAGCCGCGUCGCCAUCCACGGCUGGUCUUACGGGGGCUUCCUCUCCCUCAUGGGCCUCAUCUGUAAGCCCCACGUCUUCAAGGUUGCCAUCGCCGGGGCUCCCGUCACUGUCUGGAUGGCGUAUGACACGGGAUACACCGAACGGUACAUGGAUGUCCCAGAAAGCAACCAGCAAGGUUACGAAGCAGGCUCGGUGGCCCUGCAUGUCGAAAAGCUCCCCAAUGAGCCCAACCGCUUGCUGAUCCUCCAUGGGUUUCUGGAUGAAAAUGUGCACUUUUUCCACACCAAUUUCCUGAUCUCCCAACUAAUCCGGGCUGGGAAACCUUAUCAGCUACAGAUCUACCCCAACGAGCGACACAGUAUUCGCUGCCCCGAAUCCGGGGAGCACUACGAAAUCACGCUGCUGCACUUUCUUCAAGAAUACCUCUGAGGGGGCGGACGUCCCUCCGCCCGCCCGCCCGCAAACCAUUGUGGACGUUGACGGCUCACACCUCUGCUCCUGCUGCCUCCGUUUAUUUUUAUUUUCCGUUGUUUCUUUUGCCCCCUUGGCAGCCUUCGAACCCAGAGCACAAGGCGUGUCUCUCUCUCUGUCCCUCUCUCUCUCUCUCUCUCUCUCUGUCUCACGUCGCCCCAAAUUGACCAGGAGAGCGGAGGCGGCCCCCUCUUUCUGGAUGGCGCGGCUCUGAGGGUCCCCUUGGGGUCCCCCCCAUCUCCUCCAUAUUUUGCUGCUACUUUCUUUGUGCUGGGAAUAAAAGACAGGCCCCUCCCAUCCUCGCCUCCGCCCUUCUCUCUCCUGGCUGCUGUGCUGUGUCUCUCUCUCUCCUCCACCCCCCUUCUCCCUGUUUUCUCUCUCUCCCUAUCCCCCGUCCCCUUGUGAGAGAAUCCCCCUAGUUGCGACCCUCCCAAAACGUCGGCAGGAGGAAGCCAAGAAACGGCUGCAGACGUCCGGCGCCUAUCAGCUGCGAUGCUCUCGGAAGCCAUUCACUGGAGGGGGUCCGUUUCGAAGCAAGAGCUGCCGAUGUGUCAGCUGCCCCCCGACCCCGCACUCGGGCAACGUCGUUUCGGAAGGGGCGGGCAGCCCAACACUGGCCUCUGGGCAAACGGCAGAAACGUCUGAUGGAUGUCUGGUUUUGUGUGUGUUUUAUUUUAUUUCGUUGCAAGGUUAUUUAUGCAAAAGUCGGCCCUUUCCUCCUCUCUUCUCGGUGCUGUGUCUUCCCCCCCCCCCCCCCCGUCCCUCAACCCUCCGUCUUUUCUGCCUCCAGUUCUCUGCAGGUCAGCGACUGUAUUCCUCCGCCCCUCCCGUUCUCACCCGUGUGUAUUUCUCCGUUCUCCUCUUCUCCCGGCCUUCUUCCUUCUUUAGACCAACCUUUCCCAGCCUCCGGCGCCCUUCUCCUCGUUCUCCAGACCGCAGAUCCCAUCAUCCCCAAGCUGGAGGCGAUGGGAAUUGUUAGUCCACCACCUCUGGAGGGUGCCAGGUUGGGAGAGCGUUGCUUUAGGUUUUACUUGGUCAGCAUGAAUUGCAGUCUUUGUGGGGUCGGGGGGGGGGGGAAAGAGGUCGGGGUCCACCACGUUUUGCACCUCAGGGGAAAAAACGCCCUGCCCACUUCUUCAAAUUCCUCCCUUCCUUCCCCCCCCCCCCGGUUCAAUUCCCACCCCCCCUUACCCCGGUUUCCUCCUUUUGGGGCGGGGCGAAAUUUAGCAAGAAGAAACUUCAACUUGCCAUAAAACCCACCUGAACCACAAAUGACCUGCCCGAGUAUCUUUAAGUGCGUAUUAUGAAAAGAAAAUAUUUUUAUGGAUUCUUAUUCUUUUAUAAUUAUGAGUGGUAAGAUGUAGUGACUCAUUAAAAUAUUGGAAACCUG